UCUGGUUUUCCAACAAUUUCAAACAGUCGGGGAUUUUUUGCCUUUACGCAUACGGUCCGGCGCAGUUUCAAAACAGUUUUCAUUUUGAGAACCAGAACAAACCUAUAACCUAAAUGAAAUGUUAAAAACAUAAUCAAGGUCGGUGUCGGUGGUCGUCGUUGAGUGUUUUUUUCAUAGAUAUAAAUCUAAGUAUUAAUUAGUAAAAAUAUUUCAACAUGAAAACAAUCAUAUUUCAAUUUCUUAUAAUUUUUAUUUACUCAUCCUCUGCAGAAUUUUCAACAGAAGAUUGCUGGGCUCUCGGAUUUCAUAAAGCAGAUUUAUUGUGCUCAUCUUGUGAUCAACUUACCAAAUUUGAACUGGAUGAUCUUCUAAGCCACUGUAAAGAGUGUUGCCAUCGUGAUGAAGUGAAUUCAACAGAAAAGACGUAUUAUAAAGCAGUUUUAGAAGUUUGUACCUGUAAAUUUGGUGCCUAUCCCCAAAUUCAAGCAUUUAUUAAAAGUGAGCGACCUGACAAAUACCCAAAUCUACAAAUAAAAUAUGUCAGAGGCUUAGAUCCAAUUAUUAAGAUGUAUGACAAAGAUGGACAUUUGCAAGAAACAGUUGCUAUUGAAAAAUGGAACACAGAUUCUGUAGAUGAAUUUUUAAGUACUCAUUUAAUUAAGUUAAGUGAUGAUGAUUUUUUACGUACUAAUAUGGUAUAAAUAUUAAUAAAUUAAAUAUUCUUACA